AUGUUAUUAAAUAAAAAACUAACAAUUUUAAAAUACCCAAAAACUGAAUUAAAUAUUGAAGAAAAAGAGCAAUUUAUAUCGGUAGUAAACUAUUUAUUCGAAAAAAUAUUUAAUAGUAAUAAUGUUGAUUUAAGUUUAUUGAUGAAUGUAACAGAUGAGUGGGAAAAUCAAGUUAAGUCAAUUAUUGCACAACAUCAACUACCAAUUCAAACUUUAAAUUUAGCAGAUACAAAAGAUAAAGAGUUAUUACUCGAGAAAUUAACAAAUUUAGCAAUUAAAAGAGUAUAUAAAGAUAAUUCUGAACAAAUUCACGAAACUAAAUAUAAAUGCCUUCAAAGAUAUAAAUUAGAAAAUAUUAAAUUUGAUGAAAAAGCUUUGGUUGAGGAAAUCUUAAAUUUAGCAAAAUUAUUUAAAUUAAAUGUGGAACUAGGUGAUGCACAUUAUACAACUUUAUUAUCAAUGAUUGUUAGAAUCGCAGAAAGAAAAUUUUACGAUAUUCCAACUAUUUUAAAAGAAGAAGAGGAUAAAAAAAGUAAAGAAGCAACAACAGAAACAAAUACAAACAGUAAUAAUAACAAUUUAAAUGAUAAUAGUACAAACGAAGUUGUUAAUAAUAAUAUUUUUCCACUCGGUUUUGAUUUUAAAGAUGACAAAAUUAAUUCAGCUGCCACUAUUUUAAGAUUACUUUAUGUUUCAGAUCUUAGAGAAUUACAAAAUAAAAUAAAUCAAGUUUUAGCAAUUGUUCAAAAAUAUACCGCCGAUCCUCAAACUAAUUUUAAAUUGGCUGUUGUCGGAAGAUAA